AAAAAAGUUGUAAUUUAAGUAAAAGAGAAAAAGAAUCAAACCCUAAAAUCAGAUUUCAACAGCCUACGAUCUUCUCUUUUUCAUCGGUUCGUCUUCAGCGCUAAUUGGACUGAGCAACUCCAUUUUCCAGACCUACGCCGUUUGCCGCCGACCCUCACUCUCCUUCACAAUCUCCCCGUCGCCACCGUCGGUCUAUUUCAAAGCUCUUCUUUUUCUCCCUCUUUGUCAACUCUCAUUAUUAGAUCAAAAUGGCAAGCUCAAGUGAGAGUGAACGCAAGGAACCAGUGAACGAGCAAAUGGUUGCAAACAUGUAUGGCGCUUUAAGGUCAGAAUUGAAUCAGAUAUACUCAAAAAUCACAGAACUCGAAAUGGAAGCCAGUGAACACUCUCUGGUUAUUUCCGCAAUUGAGCCACUUGACCCAUCAAGAAGAUGCUACAGAAUGAUCGGUGGAGUGCUGGUUGAAAGAACCAUCAAAGAGGUCCUGCCGGCUGUCCAACGCAACAAAGAGGGACUCGAGGAGGUUAUUUCGAGACUCAAUGAGGCAUUGGAGAAGAAGAAGAAGGAGAUAUCUGACUUGGAGGCCAAAUACAAGAUCAGGAUUAGAAAGCCUGAUGGCGAGGCUAAGGAGGAAGACAGUGGGCGGAAAGAAGGUGCAGCCCAAGGAGUCCUAGUAGGCCCUGCAGGUGAAAGCUAAAACUCUCGACCCCUUCAUGAACUUUUAUCAUUAUAUUCUUGUAGUUUUUCAUCCUGAUGGUUCACUGUUAUAAGCAUGUUUGUGUGAAUUUUUGUUUUGACAAACUUCCAGUUCUCAAUAGGAAGAUUCCAGGACUUGUAUGGUAUAUAUAGAUUGAUUUUGAGGGGAAAAAAUUGAAUUCUCAUUGUUUUGAUCUGUUAUGGAAGUUUUUCCCUCUAGUUUUAGAAUACUCUCUUCGAACUUCACUAGUUUUGAUUAUGCUGCAAUGGAUUACUCUUCCUUCUUAACACAAA